AUGUCUAAGUACGCGCCGCACCGCAAGUCCGCGAACCAACCCAGAGCCACGGCGACUACAGUGUGCCAGAAGUGCCUCGGAACAGGGCACUUCACAUACGAAUGCAAGGGCCAACGACCGUACGUCUCCCGCCCCUCGCGUACGCAGCAGCUGGAGAACCCGAAACUACUCGCGAAGUUGAAAGCGGACGGGAAGCCGUCCGUGGAGGUGCCCGAGGAGUUUAAGUCCAAGAGUGGCACAGCGAACCGUAUCCUUGAACAGAAGGAGAAGGAACGCUCGAAGGACAAGGGCGAAGGCUCCUCUCGCAAGCGCGGACGGUACGCUCCCCCUUACGCUAUGCGUGCCGUAACACACGUACUUACACAGCAACCCCAGCUCGGAAUCCAUGUCAUCAUCUUCGUCCGACUCAGACUCGGACUCGGACAGUGA